AGCAAAACAAAAAGGCUUUUGACAUGUUCCUCUCCUUGUUGAAGUUUUCUGUUUAAAUUUUUUGAGAUGAUUUGCAGCAGCUCUUUACUUCACAGGGUCAAAAGUCUGAUGUGUGUGUAGAUAUGGACUGACAAAUCAAACCCUGUAUUGAGUUUGUGAGAUAAGCCUGUCAAUAGGAAGUCAUGGAGGAGGUGAAGAGGGCAGACUUUGGACUCCCUUCACUCCGUCGUUGUCUUCGCCACUGGCUGCAGUGCCUCUGUUUGUGUCUCUUUUCUCUGUUUGGGGAACAUGAAGGUAGAUUUUGCACCAUGGAGCUUGCCCUUGCACCGGAGGCUGCAGACGGCGGCGGUGCUGCAGUGGGUCUUCUCCUUCCUCGGCCUCGCGCCCACAUGCAUCUUCCUGUUCUUCUACCUGCUGUUCACCCGUUACUGGAUCAUCAGCGUGUCGUACGCCAUCUGGUGGUUCCUGGACUACGACACGCCCUCACGUGGCGGCCGCAGGGUGCCCUUCCUGUGUGGUAUCAAAGUGUGGGACUACAUGCGAGACUACUUCCCUAUUAAGUUGGUGAAAACCGCAGACCUGGACCCCAAACACAACUACGUCCUGGGUUUCCAUCCUCACGGCGUCCUGGUGGCCGGAGCCUUCACCAACUUCUGCACCUACUCCAGUGGCUUCAGGGACCUGUUCCCCGGUUUGACCAGUUACCUGCUGAUGCUGCCGCUGUGGUUCAGGGCACCGUUCUUCAGGGACUACAUCAUGUGUGCAGGGCUGAUUCCUUCAGACAAAGACAGCGCCAGUUUCCCCCUCCGCCACCGACCCGCGGGUCAGGCCGUGGUCAUCGCGGUGGGCGGGGCCCCGGAGGCCCUCGACGCCCACCCCGGGACCUACAACGUAAUGUUGGCCAAGAAGAAAGGCUUCAUCAAGAUGGCCAUGGAACACGGGGCUCAUCUGGUGCCCGUCUUCUCAUUUGGAGAAAACGAAGUGUUUGAUCAAGUGGAAAACCAGAGAGGGACCUGGCUCCGAUGGAUCCAGGAGCGUCUGCAAAGCAUCAUGGGUAUCUCGCUGCCCCUGUUCCAUGCCCGUGGUAUUUUCCAGUACUCCUUCGGCCUCAUGCCUUACAGAAAACCCAUCAGUACAGUGGUGGGUCGACCCAUCCGUUUGGAGAAGAACCCGAAGCCGACGGGGGCGGAGCUGGACGCCGUCCACCAGCGCUACAUGGACGAGCUCAGCAUCCUGUUUGAAGAACACAAAGCCGACUACGGCGUGGACAAAGACACGCAUCUAAACUUUGUCUGAAACAGACUCUGGACACGAGGAGAGACGCUCAAAGCCUAUUUAUUGUGCAGAUCGCAUUAUUGUACAAGUUCAAGGCUUUUUUAUCAAAGGUAAAUAAAACCAACCAGUUCUGCACUAAAAGGUUUCCUGGUCAUCAUCAAACAUCAUGAAGCUUCAUUUUAAAUUAGAACAUAACAACAGUGGUAACUUUAAUGGGAAAAUGAUGUCUAUAAUUACACAAAUAAAGUAUGGUUAUAAAUACACACAUUUUAUAUCUGAAAAUACUGGAUGUGUCGUAUGCAAAAACAGAAGAGUGAAGGAAAACAACAUAAUGUAACUUAAAUAUUUAAUCCUACAGAAAAUUAGACUGAAGAUUUUUACAUUUUUGUCAGAAAUGCACUAAUAUUUUCUAAAUAUUUCACAAAAACAGAUGUUAUAAACUAUUUCAGUGCAUUUUAAUCUGUUUUUUAUGAAAUGUAAUUCUAUUAAAUAACAGCCUUUGUCAUUUUAUUGCCACAGUUUCUACUAAUAUCUCAUUCUUCUCAAGAUUUACUGUAUAUAAAUGGUCUAAACGUCUCAUAAUAAAUUAAAUAAAUAUAUAGAAACCAUGUGUAAAACUUGUAAAGUGAUUAAGUUAUCAUUUAACUUCACCUAUGGAUCAAAUAUUACAGCAAAAAAAGCAAAAUGACUGAAAUCAGUGACUUUAAUAUGAGCAAAAGUAGAUUUUUCCAAUGUUUUUAACAUUAAAGUUGACUCAGUAGUUGAAUUUGUUCAGUUAAGUUGAAAAAAAAUAAACCAUAAAUGAUCUAAACUAUAAG